AUGUCUGCCGACAGUGAGGGAGGCGAGGGCAGGUCUUAUUACGCCCUGUUGGGGGUCUCCCCGACGGCCACCGAGGAUGAGAUCAAGCGCGCCUACCGGCAGCUGGCCACGACGCUGCACCCUGAUAAGGUCGCCAACACCGCCCACCACGACGAGGCGGCCACCCUCUUCACGCGCAUCCAGGAAGCCUACGAGGUGCUGAGCGACCCCCAGAAGCGCGACAUCUACGACGUCUACGGCAAGGAGGGGCUGACCGCGGGGCUGGAGGUGGGCGACCGGCUGAAGACGCGGGACGAGCUGCGCGCGGAGUGGGAGGCGUUCCAGACGAAGCAGAAGAAGGAGGCUCUGGAGGCGUCUGUCAACUACCGCGGGGUGUAUGUCUUUAAGACCGAUGCCACAGCGCUGGUGCGGCCCUACUCCCGCAGCGUGGCGCGCACUCCCGAGCUCACCAGCAUCUAUAUGACCAGCGGGUUGGAUGUGCCGCUGGAGUCGCGGGAUUGGGGGUGGCUGGGGUCGGAGCAGGAUGUGGCGCACCUGGGAGGCCUGGUCAACGUGCGCAAGAAUGUGGGGGGCGGCAGCUUCCUGGCCGGCUACAAGCGCCACUUUGCCGACUACAGCAGCCUGGAGGUGCACGGCGCGGUGGGGCUGCGCACGCUGCUGUCGGCGCAGCACAGCGUGCAGCUGGACGCCGACAGCAGCGCCAGCCUGGUGGCCAGCUGGCAGCCCGACGCGGGCUUGGGCAUGCAGUUUGUGACCACGCGCCAGCUGACCGCCACCGUCAGCGGCGAGUACAGCUGGGUGGUGGGGCCGGUGGAGGCGGCGGGCAUGGGACUGGGCCUGACGCGGCGCACCGAGAAGCUGCUGCUGUCGGGCAGGGUGGAGGUGGGGGCGGUGACGGGGCUGGUAGGCCGCGUGGUGCGCCAGCUGUCGUCCGCAGCCACCGCGCGCCUGGGACUCAAGCUGACCACCGCCGGCGUGGAGCUUGAUGUGGGAGGCACGCGGCGCUUCUCCGAGGUCGCCACCGCGGGAUGCGCGGUCAGCGUGGGGCUGCAGGGCAUCACGCUGAAGCUGCGGUACAACUGUGCGGGACACCUGUUUGAGUUCCCGGUGCUGCUGUCCAGCAACCCGCUCGACUGGCCCACCCUGGCGGGCGCCUACCUGCUGCCGCCCCUGCUCUACCUGGCUGGGCGAGACCUGGUGGUGGGGCCGCUGCGGCGGGGCGUGGAGGCGCGCAGGACCCGCGCGGAGCGGGGGCGGCAGGCCGAGGUGAUUCGGCGCGCGCUGGCGCUGUCCCAGUCGGCAGCCGAGCUGAUGCUGCCAGUGGCGCGGCGCCGCCUGGACCGCGAGCAGCGGCACGGCGGGCUGGUGGUGGUACUGGCACUGUACGGCGAGGAGGCGGCGGUGGUGGAGGCGGCCAAGCAGGCGCCGCAGCGGCUGCUGCGCGCACAGGCCGCGGCGGCGGAGCAGGCGCAGGCGCAGGCCGCGGCUGGGCAGGCCGCGGCGGAGCAGCAGGCGCAGCAGGAGGCGCAGCAGCCGCAGGCGGCGAGCCCGGCGCAGCCGGCGCAGGCGGGUGGCGGGGGCGAGGGCGCGGCGCCGGAGCAGGCGCAGCAGCAGCAGCAGCAGGAGGCGGAGCAGGCGCAAGCAGCAGGCGGCGGCGGCGGCAAGGAGCAGGGGGAUGAGGUGCCGCCCGCCGUUGCGGAUGUGACUGUGGCGGUACAGUAUCUGGUUGAGAGCAGCAAGGUGGCCUUCCACAGAGGCUACCCCAAGAGCGGGCUGAUGGGGUUCUGCGACCCCGCCCCCACCGCCACCAAGCUGCUGCUUGGCCGCCCGUUCCGUGCCACGAUCAGCGACACCGAGGGCGCGCAGCUGCCGGGGCGCGGCAACCCGGUGGAGGACGAGGCGGAGGCCGACGCGGUGCUGCAGCUGGCCACCGCGCUGGGCGCGGCGGCGGCCGGUGGCGGCGGCGGCGGACGCCCGAGCCGCGCGCCGUCGGCGGCGUCGCUGGGUGGCGAGGCCAGCUGGCGGGAGAAUCCUGCCUUCCUGCCGCGCAACCCCAGCGACGGGCUGGACUGA